UGAAAUAGGAGGUGUGACUAGACCUCAACUUGUUUUUUUUGUGUUGGUAACUUCACUAAAAUGGCCUCUCUGGGACCUUGUCUUACAGAGGAAGUUGAACUCAGUGUGGCUCUCUUUGGGGUACCUGUCUUCACAUUGGUGAUCCUGAUAAGUGGUCUCAUAAAGCUGGUUGUUAACUGGUUCAGUGAACUCUGAGUUUAUCAGUGCAGCUACAAGAGUCAUGAGGAAGAAGGCAAUCUUCUUUCAAAUCUAAAUUUGUUUCUGUGCAGGAAGAAGUUGUAAUGUCUGUAAACACAGUAUGAACAGGACUAAACUUUAUAUGAAAACUACUCUAACAGUCUGAUUAUUAGUCAUUCAGUCAAUGUUCAGUUACAUCCACUGGUUAAAUAAUACUGACUGAACUUAUGAGCAACUCUUUACAGACCAACAGUGACACAAACUCACAGACUCAGAGAGGCAGAAACCGAUUGAGGUUGUGGUUGUGUGAAAUGUGAAGUUCACGUACUUUCCUUCCUGUCAGUGUGAGAACGGAACAACAUCACAGUGGAGAGUUUGCAUCCAUCACGCUGAGUCUACAAUGCUGUAUCCAAAGACAGAGCUCUGUGAUGGACUGUCCUUCAGGACCUGCAGGGUUUUCAUCAUUCUUCUAACACAGUGUUUAACAGUUCGCGUUGCAGAGCAGUCAGAGUUGAUUUGUUCACAUCAACCAAUCGUAGCCCUGGCUGGUGAUGAUGUCAUUCUACCAUGUUACCUUGAUCCUCCAAUCAGUGCCAGUUCUGAGACAGUGGUGUGGACCAGACCUGGUUUAGACCCAAAGUACAUCCAUGUUCACCAAGAUGGACGACAGAUGCCUCAAAUUCAAAAUCCAUCUUAUUAUCUCAGAACGAGACUGUUUGUGGAUGAACUGCAGAAUGGAAACGUCUCCAUGAAAAUCUUCAAAGUGAAAAUCUCUGAUGCAGGAAAAUACUUUUGCAUCCUUGAACCAAUGUUGAAGGAAGCUUCCAUCCAACUCACUGUUGGUGUCGUCUCCACUCCCAUCAUAGAGGUUCUCUCCAAUAACAGUGGAAGAGUAGUUUUACAGUGUGAGUCUAAAGGCUGGUAUCCAGAGCCUGAGGUGGUCUGGCUGGACGGUGAGGGAAACCUCCUCUCUGCUGGACCUACAGAGACAGUCAGAGGUCCUGAUGACCUCUAUACUGUCAGCAGCAGAGUGACUGUGGAGAAGAGACACAGCAACAACUUCACCUGUAGAGUCCAACAGAAGGACAUCAACCAGACCAGAGAGACACACAUCUAUGUUCCAGUUCAGUCGUCUCCUGAUUGGAUUGUGAUUAUCGGCACUCCUGUUUGCAUUGUUGUGCUGCUCAUUAUUAUUGUGCUGUUCAUUAACACCCUUAUAAAAUGCUCAAAGAGGAGACAGAGGAUGAAAAGGAGGGACGACUGGAUGUGAGAAAGAUCCCAAUGAAGCAAAAAGUCUCAAAGAAGCAAAAUGCAGUUGAGGAAAACGUUCUAAUGACGGAAAGGAAGAAACUUUUUCUCACAAAAGGCUGUGACUUUGUUUAAUAUUUAUUAUUAUCAUCAUCAUCCAUUCUCAUGUGUUUGAACACAGAACUGUUCACUGUAUAUAUUUAUAGGCUAUGUGUUUUAUUUUUUCACUCUAAGCUAUAAAGGAGUUUAUUUUAAUAAAAACAGUGUAUAUAAAGAGCUCUUCGUAUCAUGUACCACCUAUAAACAACAUGUUUCUAUUAUUUUUUAUAAAAAAAAUGUUUUAAGUAAUUUUUAUUGUCUUUAUUGUAUAGUGACAGCCAAAGAUAGACAGGAAAGGGGGGAUGACACACAGCAAAGGGCCGCAGGUCAGAUUCAAACCCGGGCCGCUGCAGAAACUCCGUACACGGGUCACCAGCUCUACUGACUGAGCUAACCGGGCACCUGUAUUGUUUCAAUUGUCUGAUUUUAUUUGACUAAUUGUUGCCUGAAAUGUAAAAUAAAAUGUAUAUAUAAUGUA